GAACCUCUUUCAGAUCCACCGCCGGAAAAUCGCCGGUGCGCAGUGCGACAUCUACGCCUGCGCCGCCGCCAGAGCCUGGCUACCUUUUGCAAGGGGACAGAGGCUGAGUGGGUGGCGACAAUCGGGAUUCCGGAAGCCCACCUUUCACCCGGAAAUGAUUGUGGAGGAACAUGGCGUUGCUGGUGCGAGUCCUUGUGAGUGCAGGAGUACUUUUCUAGAGACGCACGCGCGUCUCCAGAGGAACCAGACUAGCAUCUCCCAGUGGGUUCCAGUAUGCAGCCAACUGGUAUCAGUGUCUCCUACCCAAAGACAGUGGAGCAAGACUCUGUCCAGCACUUCCCAGUGGCUCCAGAAGAAUCAGUCUGGAAUGUGUGUGGGAUCGGAACAGACCGUUGGAACAGACACACUGCAGUGUAGGAAAUACCACAACACAAGUAAGCUUCCUACUACCCAAGAUUCCUCGCAGCCUGUUGAGGAGAAGGUCGGUCCUUUCACGAAGAUAAUAGAAGCCAUGGGAUUCACUGGACCUUUGAAAUACAGUAAAUGGAAGAUCAAGAUCGCAGCCCUCCGAAUGUAUACAAGCUGUGUGGAGAAAACCGACUUCGAGGAGUUCUUUCUGAGGUGUCAGAUGCCUGAUACAUUCAACUCCUGGUUUCUUAUAACCCUGCUUCAUGUCUGGAUGUGUCUAGUCCGAAUGAAGCAGGAAGGCCGGACUGGAAAAUACAUGUGCCGGAUCAUAGUUCACUUCAUGUGGGAAGACGUGGAACAGCGAGGCCGAGUCAUGGGGGUUAAUUCCUAUAUCCUAAAGAAGAACAUGGCGCUCAUGACAAACAACUUCUAUGCAGCAAUCUUGGGAUACGAUGAGGGGAUCCUUUCGGACGAUCAUGGCCUGGCUGCUGCGCUCUGGAGAACCUUCUUCAACCAGAAAUGUGAAGACCCUCGUCAGCUUGAAUUGCUGGUGGAGUACGUGAGGAAACAGAUGCAAUACCUGGAUUCCAUGAACGGUGAGGAUCUGCUGCUGACAGGGGAAGUGAGAUGGCGCCCUCUGGUGGAGAAGAAUCCACAAAGCAUCUUGAAGCCCCACGCUCCCACCUACAAUGACGAGGGUCUCUGAGAGGCGGGUCCCUCUGGACAGCUGGCUGGCUGGCUUUGAGGAAGAAGUGCCUGUUUGCCCCAGGACCCUGAAGAAGGUGGCCUGAACUGACUUUUGAACAGCACUUGUUGAAUACUCAGCCCAUUCGUGUUGAGUCUCUUCUUCCCGAGCCCAGGAGUCUGAUCUGGUGGGGGUCUGCUGGGAGGUCCUCUUGCCCCUCUGACACAUUCUCUCCCUCCAGAGAAGCCUCAAGCACAUGCCCCAAGGCCCUUCAGCAUCACACAUGACUGAGAGCUUCUUCCGAAGGCUGAGGAAGGGAUGGGUAGGAUAGAAAGGGGUGCCUUCACCCAGGCCCUCUGGGCCUGGAGCAGUUGAUAAUGUUGCUAAGUCAAGGCAGGUAACCAUAUACUGUUCUCCAUCUGUGAGCCACGGCGUUGAAGUAGCCAUUAAAAAGAGAGACUUA